AGGUUAAAGCGGUGACUCUUUCACUAGAACAGUGGAACACGAAUCCAAUCACAGGAUCCAAAAGACCGCAAUGGAUGUUCCUCCUCCUCCUCCUCCUCCUCCUCAUGUCGUCAUCUUUCCUUUAGCUGCUCAAGGUCAUGUGAACUCCAUGCUCAAGCUUGCCGAGCUUCUUGCCCUCUCCGGCAUCCACAUCACCUUCAUCAACUCCGAACACAUCCACCAUCGCCUCCUCCGACAUGCCGACAUCCAAGCUCGUUUCGUCGCCUACCCGUACUUCCGGUUCAAGACCAUAUCGGACGGCUUCCCGAUGGACCACCCGAGGCCUGUCGACCACUUCAUGACCACAUAUGAUUACAUCAAGAGCAUAACCAGGCCACUCUUCGAAGAGUUGGUGGCCGUUCCUGAUCGGCCGGUGACCUGUAUCAUCGCGGACGGGAUCCUGACCUUCACUGUUGAUGUCGCUCGAGACCUCAGAGUUCCCAUCAUCGCGUUCCGCACGAUCAGCGCGAGUUCCUUCUGGGCUUAUUUCUGUAUUCCGCGCAUGAUUGAGAGUGGAGACCUCCCCAUCAAAGGAGACGAAGACAUGGACCGUGUCGUGACGAGCGUGCCGGGCAUGGAGGACAUCCUCCGGUGCAGAGACCUGCCAAGUUUCUGCCGAGUCGCCGACCUCUCUGACUCGACCCUCCAGUACGUGACGACUCAGACCCUCCAGACCACCCGAGCCUUAGCCCUCAUCCUCAACAGCUUCGACCAACUGGAGGGCCCCGCCAUUUCCCAAAUUCGAACCCACAUCCCGAACCUCUACACGAUCGGCCCUCUCCACUCGCACCACAAGUCAAGGCUCUCGUGGUCGUCGUUGCCACCAUCGUCAGCAAGCAACAGUCUCUGGGAAGUCGACCGUAGUUGUAUCUCUUGGCUCGACAAGCAACCUCCGAAUUCAGUCAUCUACGUGAGCUUCGGGAGCAUCACGGCCUUCAGCAGACACGACUUCACGGAGUUCUGGUACGGCCUCGUGAACAGCAGGAGGCGCUUCCUGUGGGUCGUGCGGCCAGACUCCCUCGCCGAAGGCGGCGGCGGCGGCAUCUCGGAGGAGCUGACAGAGGCGGCGGCGGAGAGGGGGUGCAUCGUGGGGUGGGCCCCACAGGAGGAGGUCCUGCACCACGGCGCCGUCGCGGCGUUCCUGACGCACAGCGGGUGGAACUCGACUCUGGAAAGCGUGGUCGCCGGGAAGCCAAUGGUGUGCUGGCCGUACUUCGCGGACCAGCAGGUGAACAGCCGGCUCGUGAGCCGCGCGUGGAAGGCGGGGCUUGACAUGAAGGACGUGUGCGAUAGGGAGGUGGUGGAGAGGAUGGUCAACGAAGUGAUGGGGGAGAGGAAGGAGGAAUUGGCGGCGGCGGCCGGUGACUUGGCGAGGAGGGCGAGGGGCGCGGCAACCGAAGGUGGGUCCUCGUGGGAUAAUCUGGACCGCUUGAUUGAGGAUAUAAGGUCCAUGAAGCCGAGUAGCUGAAGUCCAACGUCGUGAUUUCUUCUGUUAUUGAAGUAAAUGAUUCUUAGUAUUCCAAAAGUUCAAAUAACAUACACCAAUGGAUACUCAUCGGCGUUUCUUUUAA